AUGUUCCGUCGCCGUUGUCUGUGCAGAGAGUUCAUGGCUAGAAGUCAGCUUCCAGACGUGCUGCGGCAUAAUAACAAGCCCCCACCAGACGAGGUGGAGAAGCAGCUUGAGCUACCUCCAGGAACACUAUCCUGUCAGCUAGCAAACUACUUACUCCAUCCAGCCGUCACAGGGCAGCGAUCUGGGGUCACAACUUCCAACGCACCGCAAAACUCUGACAGUCUCAAUCUGCCCUGGCCUGCUCCGCACGGGGUGGGAGGGUGUUGCUAUCAUCUACAUAAGCCACCCCCUCCGCCAAGACAAUUCUCCGUUAGGGCAAAAUUGCAGCAGUUCAUGCAGCGCCUGGCCGGCAAACCAACUACUUCUCCUAUGGGCUGCCCUGAAGCUCAACAACAAAACGCAGUAGGCAGUGGCCCUCUACAAAGUCCGCGUCAACGAUGGGUUCCUCCUUCCGCCGUAGCCCCGCCGAAGAUGGCUGCGCGGAAUAUGGGAAACAAUCCACCAGUGCGCCUUAAUGGGGCCCAGCUGGUAAUGCAGCAUGGAGGUCAAGCGGGUAGCGUUGCCGUGCCGCCGCUAGCGGCACAGAAGCAACCUCAACAGAUAUUGCCGUACACUAUUGAUGGAGGAGCAGCUCAGUCCCCCUUAGGAGCGCGUCCCCUAGUGAUGAAUACGCCGAGGGUCGGUGCACCCACUGGGGCUCCUCCGGGGCCCGCACCGCGUAGCGAAGCUCUGGGAAUAACUCAAUUUGACACAAAAAAUUCUAUAGAGCGCCAACAGUCCCCAGAGCAAAAUGUAGGAAGUCGUGAGAAGUCAAAGUCCAUCACAGAGCGAGAGGUAGGAACUGUCUUACCUGCACUUGCUUGGGGUGGUGAGGAGGCAAUCCCUUCAGAAGAGGACCUAGCGUUACCUGAGCCCAAGUCUCCCUUCUACCCAGCAAGGAGCCCAGCUGAAGGGAACAAAGUGGCCCCAAUCUUCCCUCCAUGCAGCAGCUGGACUCCCAUAGAGCCCCCACCGACAGCGACGUCUGUCCCGCUUUCGGUCUUACAUGCAGCAUUAGCAGCUAACGGGAUGGCACUUCCACAGCAUGCAGGCGCGCCUGUGCAACCUUUAGGAAGGCAAACAGUCUCACAUGUUUCCCAGCAGCAACCAAACAACCCUCGGCCUCCGGAGAAGCCUCAGCUCCAGCAGCCAGCGUUGAAUGACCACAUAGGGUCGCACUCGUUUGGAUUGGACUUCGGCGGAACCCGUUUGCAAGCUGCAUCUACAAAUGAAGAGUUAAGUGGAGUGCAGCUUAGGGCACCUGAAAAUCCUUUUGGAGUUUUUGGAGGAUCGUCAAGCAACGCUGCAGCCCAGAGUCAAGGACGUCCCCCAGGAAAUGCAGAGUAUCUACCGUCGGCAAGGGGGAGCAGAACCCUUCCUGAAUAUGCCGGGUGGACCGCAACACCCUAUCAUACCCAGAAUGACCUUGGUCCUUGGCAAUUUGCUGGGCUAACUUAG